AUGCAUCAUCUCGUACACGUCAUCGUCUCGUUGGCGAUUGUCCAUCGGCACUCGGUUGUCCUGGCACUGCCGACUCCGCAGAUCGGCGACUAUGGAGAGAACUCGGGGCCAGUUGGUGGCGUGAAGCCACCCAUGCCGACGGUGACGGCUGCCAGUGGAUCGCUCCGCGGCGACUCUAGCCUCCUGGGUGGCAAUGCACCGCUUCCAGACCCGGGCAAGUCGGAUCCGGCUGUGGUGCCGAACCCGGAGCUUGUCAACGGGCAGGAGGCCGGCGCCAAUCUGGGCCUGUACCUUGACUUUGACAGUGCCAACCCGCCCCAGCCUAUCCGUGGGACCGAGGGAUCCACGGACCCGGGACCUCGCACCUUUGACUACGAGAAGCUGAAUCCGGACCUGUUCACGCCGCCCGGGACGGACGGUGGCAGCGUGCCUAGCCUCAUGUGGCCCAUGGGUCUCUCCCACAACAGGCCCGGCACGGGCACCAACUCGGGGUGGGCACGGCAGCAGAACACGGACGUGCUGCCAGCGGCCAAAGCCAUGGCUGGAGUUGACAUGCGGCUCGCCCCGAACUCAUACCGUGAGCUCCAUUGGCACACGGCGUCGGAGUGGGCACUCAUGCUCAAGGGCUGCACGCGCGUGGCCGCCGUCGACGACGAGGGGCGCAGCUUCAUCGACGACGUCUGCGCCGGCGAUGUUUGGUUCUUCCCCGCCGGGGUGCCGCACAGCAUCCAGGCCUUUGGGGAGGGUGCCGAGUUCCUGCUCGUCUUCGACGACGGCGGCUUCUCCGAAGACGGCACCUUCCUCGUCUCCGAAAUGUUCCAGCGCAACCCGCUCGAGGUGCUGAGCAAGGACCUGCGCGCCGACGUGUCGGCCUUUGACGACCUGCCCAAGGGCCAGCUCUACAUCUUCAACGGCACCCCCGCCCCCGAGGACGUGCAGCAGCAGAACACGACGUCGUCAGCCGGCGCCCUCACGGGUAACAACUCCUUCACCUACCACUGGUCGCUGCAGCAGCCCUUCACCACCCCCGGCGGGUCCGUCAAGAUUCUCGACCCCCAGACCUUCCCCGUGGCCAAGAUGUUCUCGACGGCCCUGAUCACCAUCCAGCCCGGCGCCAUGCGCGAGAUGCACUGGCACACCACCUCGGACGAGUGGUCCUUCUUCCUGCAGGGAUCCGGCCGCAUCACCGUCUACGUCGCGCCCGCCGCCUCGCGCACUUUCGACUACACGGCCGGAGGCGUCGGCUACGUACCCGCAGGCUCCAGCCACUACAUUGAGAACACGGGCGACGAGGACCUCAUCGUCCUCGAAGUGCUACAGGCUCCCAAGUUUAGCGACAUUAGCGUCGCUCAGUGGUUGGCCCUCACCCCGAAGCAGGUCAUCAAGGACCACCUGCACCUGCCCGACUCGGUCAUCGACGCCCUGCCCAAGGAGAAACCCAUCAUUGUGCCUGGCAACAAGAACUUGACGGCUCUGGCCGGCGGCGGAAGGGCUUUCUAG